GUUUGAACAUUUCCAACUCAUUCAACAGCUAGAGCUCCAUCAGCAGAUGCUGUAUUUUGAACAUAUGGGGCAACAACUCCGCACUGGUGGGAGCGUUUGAUGUUACCAUGGUAACCUUACCUGUCUUCCUCCUCCUUUUAUCAGUUUUUCCUCCUGCAGAUCAGAGUCGUCUCAGAACUUUCCACAUCAUUGAGAAGAGUUUGACUCAGUCUGAGGCUCAAGCAGCUUGCAGAGCAAAGUACACUGACCUGGUCACUGUGUACAGUGAUGAAGACAACUCUGCACUGACUAACCUGAUUAAUCUCAUUAAUGACCCUACUGUAACUGCUUGGAUUGGUCUGAACCGCAGUCAGUCCAUCAGUGAUAAAUGGUCUAAUGGAGAUGAUUUUACAUUCAGCAAUCUGACAGGGGUCUGUGGGUCAGGGUCCUGCUGUGCUGCUAUGAAGGCUGAUGGUUCAUGGGAAAAUCUUCAGUGCACUGAGAAAAGAAAUUUCAUGUGUUAUAAGCGAGAUACUGACCCCACCCUCAAGUAUUAUUUCAUCUUUGACUCUUUGAGCUGGUUUGAAGCUCAGAGGUACUGCAGGACGAGCUACACUGAUCUGGUCAGCAUCAGAGAUCAGAACCAGAAUGAAGCAGUGAGGACAGAAGGGCCGAACAGCAGCAUGUCCUUCUGGAUCGGCCUGCUGCGCGAUGAAUGGGAGUGGACUGAUGGAGGACGCUCUGCCUACAGAAACUGGGAGAUUUAUCAGCCUUGGUCAACGGGAGACUGUGUGCGAAUGAAAGACGGGAAAUGGGAACCAAAGCCGUGCAGUUAUUCUUAUUCUACUCUGUGCUACAGCACACUCAUCCAUGUCAGUGAUGACUUUAUGAGCUGGGAGAACGCUGUGGAUUACUGCAAGAAAGAUAAUAGAAAUAAUAUUCUGCGCAUUGAGUCUCACCUGGACCAGAAAGAGGUGGAGUUUGAGCUCAGGAGGAGGCGUGUCUCUGGGCCUUUGUGGGUGGGGCUUGGACAGAGUCGACUCUCUGAGCUGCUGAAGUCCAAUAAACUGGCUUUGGGACCCCGAACCAACUGGAAUGAAGGACAGACAGAGCCUCCUCAGUCCCUCAGCUGUCCUGGUACAGACACUGUGGAGAAAACAUUUAGGCAGAAGACGGACGUUUCUGCUCUAAGACCUGUUUGUGAAGUUAAACAACCGUAAAAAAGCCAGUUUUUUCAGUCCUGGAAGAACAGAGUGCUGGACAGUUUAGUGUUUUCACAGCUCUGACUCACUUGUUCCCGUCAACAUGCACUAGUUGAAUCAGGUGUGAUCGGACAGAUAAAACACUAAACUGUACAGAAACGCUUGUGUUUAUGUUUAGUGCCUUAUAUCCUUCACUCUUUAUUUUAAACGGAAACUGCAAAAUGUUAGUUUUGUUUACCCCUGUCUCAUGUAACGUAUCCAGCAUUGCUUUUCUGCAUUUUAUUUAGCUUUUUCAAUUAGCUUUAGACAAUGACUUUAGGAACAGCUUGGAUUUUAUUAGUGGCAGAUUAGCUACUAAUACUGUUUUAUUUUUUAAAUGACUUAUUUACUUACUUAAUUUAA